AUGCGUCGAACGCGCGACGCGGGACGGGGCGACGGGUCGACGCGACGGAAGAAGGCGAGAUGGUUUAAUCGCGGGGGCGGACCCGCGAUCGCGGCGCUCGGGAGAGACGCGCGUGGGGUGAUCGUGACGUGCGACGGCGGGAAGGAACGCGCGGCGGCGCGAGACGUGUGUCGGAACCUCACCGAGCGAUGGGAGGCGAUGAAGGCGUCGCGAGGGGGCGCGGAGGUGGAGACGACCGCGGGUGAUGGGCGGGCGGCGGGAGAGACGACGACGGAGGCGCUGGAGCGAGAGUUGAACGCGUUGCGGGACGAGGCGAAGAAGGCGCCGUUUCGAGAGGUGUCCUUGGAUCUUCGCGCGUGCACGUUCGUGUUGGCGUCCAAGGAGGUGACGGAUGCGUUUGAUGUCGCGGAUAUCGUUCGAGAGGAGUUGAUGCGGGCGAAGACGAGCGGGGAGGCGCGAACGAGACACGCGCUGCGAAUGGUGCCGGUGGACGCGACGUGUUUCGCGGGGGUGGAUGAAAUCGCCGAGGCGGCGAAACCGUUCGUGGAGAAGCACUUUGCGGGCGAUAAGGAGCAGACGUUUGCGAUCGCGUUCGAUCGGCGAGCGAAUGGGGACGUGCGAAGGAACGACGUGAUCGAGUGCCUGGCGUCGCAAAUCAAACAACCGCCGAACAAGGUGAACCUGAGCGACCCGGAUUUGACUUUUUUGGUGGAGAUCGUCAAGGGCGUCGCGUGCCUCUCCGUGGUCAGGGAUUACGAAAAGCUACUCAAGUAUAACGUGCGCAUGGCCUCCAUGAACGAGGAAGAGCGCGCGCACGCGCGAGAGGCGAAUCACGGAAACGCGCCGCGACCGCCGAGGGCAAAGGAACGCGCGGAGGAGGAAAAGGGCGAGGACGACGCCGCGCGAGAGGAGGCGUAG